GGGCAGGCCAGGCAGCGAUGGUGGGGCUGAAAAGGGGAGCGGCCGGAGGGCUGAGGGGGAGCCGGGAGGAGCCGCUGCCUGUAGCCCCCCUGGACCAGCCCUACGGAAGGAUUGAGGAUUGCUUGCCCACUCUGGCCAGCGCUUCUGCCAAGAGGUUUUCUCCGGCCAAACGGAAGCAGUACUACAUUGACCAAGCCAUCCGCAACUCAGACCUCAUUCCCAGGGCUAAAGGGAAGAAGAGCCUCCAGCGCCUGGAGAACACACGUUACUUAAUGACCCUCCUUGAGCGGGACGACUGCACCAGUGAAGAAGGGGAUCUUGCCCAUCCUGCCCCACCAAGCAUUUUUACUGAGGCCUGCAGCAAUGAGACUUACAUGAAGAUCUGGAAUGAUUUUAUGAACCGAUCAGGGGAAGAACAAGAGCGAGUCCUUCUGUAUUUAGAAGAGGAGGCUUCAAAAAAACCGAAAAAUAAAUUGCCUGACAAAGCUGAGAUCAAGUGGAAAGAGCAUCCUCCAUUUGCACCUAAGGACUGUUUUCAGCGCAUCAGCCGACGCUUACGAACAACCCUGAAACGGAGUCGGAUUCCCAUGGAGACCCUGGAAGGCUUGGAGGAGGAGUUGCUGGCCUUUUUCUCCACUAACCCUCACGCUGUCUAUACAGCCAUGAUGGACAAUAGCUUUGAACGGCUGCUCCUUCAUGCCCUCUGCCAGUACAUGGACCUCGUCUCUGCCAGUUCAAACUACGAAGGCAAACGCCAAAUGAAGGCCUUCUUUGGAGACGUCUGCUUUCAUUGCCUUGCAGUAUUCAACACCAAUCACGUCCCAUGGGGUAGAUUCUCCCACCUUCGGAUACGCUGAUCUGGCAGACUGUUGGCCUGUUCUGGAAUUGGAACCUUGAUGCCUUCAACAGGUUACAUAGGGUUGCCUAGCAACUGUUCAUCUUUCCUCUUUGCUGCUUCGACACUUGGAGGCCGCAAAGGUCCUAGAUGGGAGUGGAGGCAGUUGCCUUAAACCCGGAUAAGGAUGCUUGAAGCUUGGGAUCUGUGACAUCCAGACAUUGCAAAACUACAAAUCCCAGCAUGCCUUACUUUUGGCCACCCAGGCUGGGGCUUCUGAAUAUUCUAACAGCAACCCAGGGAGGCCAAAGCAGGGAACAGCCCCUACCCCAUAACAAACCACAGUUCAAAUAUUUUGUUUUACUUAGGUUAAACUUUUCCACCCAAGUACUAUCCAGAUAUGCUGAAGUCCAGUCCCAUCAUCCCCAACCACCACUAGCAAUUAUCUUGUUGGUUGGGGUGAUAGCGGCUGUAGUCCACCAUGGGCCUUUUGUGAGUAGAGAGGCAAUGUGUAAAUUGAAAUAAUAAGUAAACAGUGUGAUGUAUGACAGCUCCACAUUGGGGGUUUAUUGUAAUCAAUUUCUCAUGUACUCCAGGUACUGCCUAGAAGCGCUCAGUUUUUUCCACGGGAAGCCAAUACAGUAGAAAUUCAAAGGCUCGGACCUUGGUUCCGCUUCCUAUUUAAUUUUCACCUUUAAAAAAUCCUCAGGGUACUGCAAAAACUUUAGAUCCUCGUUCUUAAAGAUUCAACACCACACAAAUUUAAUUAAUAAACAUAAUAUCACCUUUUGCUGUGACCCCUUUAAAGCUUCUCCAGCAUCUGAGGCAAGGUUAAAACCUGACCUCCCACCUCAGAAUGGAGGCAAGCAAGCAGUCCUAUCAGCCAGCGUUCUUCAACCUGGUGCCCUGAAGAUAUGUUGGGGCCACAGCUUGCCAAAUUUCUCCAAGGACUAAUUUCAUUGCAUUUGGAGGAUAUCAUGUUGGGAAGGCCUUUGGUCUCUGAGAGACUCUUCUGGGGCUGUCAAAUUGUUCCUUAUAUCUGUUAGGUUAAGAAGGUGUUCCUGAUUUAGGCAAGGAGGAAUUAAAAAUAAAUGGUUUUUAAUAAGGCUGCCUUUAAAAUAAACUUGGAUGAUGGUGGCCAUCUAAGCAGAUUUCUUUUGCCCUAAUGGGGAUGGUUCGUCUGAAAUGGAACUGCCUGAAGUUGGUACCUUUGUUUCCCUUUGUGAGUUCUUCAGACUCAAAUGCCUGUGGAUUUGAAAUUCAAUUCUCCUCAUGCUUAGGCAGAAGGGAGCUCCAUCCUCAUCUCCAGGGCUUGCUGCCAAGUAGGCAGAUAUAGAAUACUAUAUCGAGCCCAUUUUUUAAAAAGUUCUUACUUGAAUCAUUGGAUAUUUUUAAACAGCUAUUAGAGCUAUGAAAUACUAGGCUGAUUUUAUUUACACACACACACACACACACAAAUUCAUUCAUUCAUUCUGUGGGCUUGCAGAUUCUCAGGAUCAAUUGACUAUCUUGAUCAUGACAUUUAACCUUUCAUAAUUUAGGUGGCUCAAAUUACAGUAGGUUUAUAUUAUCCAUGUUCUUUUGGAUUCAUGGAGCAAGCUGGCAUGCCCUCCCUUAACCUGGCUGGACACAGUACCCAGAGGGAUUUGCAGGAUCAGGCUUUCAUCAAAAUGGCAAACGGGACAUUGCAGUAUUGCGGGGCAAGCUCCACCCUUUCUUUGUUUUGCUUGUGAUGUCACAAUGCCCAUAUAAAAUGGGUGGGGCUUGCACUGUGACAGUGCAAUGCUACUUUUUGUCAUUUGCCAUUUCGUGGCUCCCCCACUUCCCACAGAUGUCUCGGACAAUCUAGCCUUUUUUGUUUCACAUCUUGCAAAAUACCCUAAAAACAUUGAUUUUGAAAAA